GCCUACCAGUGAUACACGUACUGUUUCUUUAUUACAAAAGGCAAAAAAAAACCCAAAAAAAAAAAAAAAAUGGGCAUGCAUUUACUAGUGUUUAUUCUUGUUAACUGCAUGGUUGGUACUGUGGUACAGGGCCAAGGCACUCGCGUUGGGUUUUAUGCAACGACAUGUCCAAGAGCUGAAUCCAUAGUUAGGUCAACAGUCCAAGCUCAUUUCAAUUCCAAUCCCACAAUAGCUCCUGGUUUACUUAGGAUGCACUUUCAUGAUUGCUUCGUGCAAGGCUGUGAUGCUUCUAUCCUGAUCGAUGGACCUAAUACUGAGAAAACUGCUGGACCGAACCUUUUACUCAGAGGUUAUGAAGUUAUUGAUGAUGCCAAGACCCAGCUCGAAGCUGCAUGCCCUGGAAUUGUCUCUUGCGCUGACAUUCUAGCACUUGCUGCUCGCGACUCUGUCAUUUUGACAAAUGGACCAAGUUGGGCUGUGCCCACUGGACGCAGAGAUGGAAGGGUUUCAUCAGCGUCUGAUGCUGCAAAUUUGCCUGGCUUCACUGAUUCCAUUGCUGUCCAAAUACAGAAGUUUGCUGAUUUGGGUCUCAACACUCAAGAUCUUGUUACUCUUGUCGGAGGACACACCAUAGGAACCUCAGCUUGCCAAUUCUUUAGGUACAGACUGUAUAAUUUUACUACAACAGGAAAUGGUGCAGACCCAUCAAUCGAUCCAUCAUUUCUUCCUCAAUUACAGACACUUUGCCCGCAAAAUGGUGAUGCCUCAAGACGCAUAGCUUUAGACACGGGUAGUUCCAAUAGAUUUGAUGGAUCUUUCUUUGCAAAUUUGAGGAACGGAAGAGGAAUUCUUGAGUCUGAUCAGAAGUUAUGGACAGAUACCACCACAAGAACCUUUGUCCAACGCUUCUUAGGUAUCAGAGGAUUGGCUGGCUUGACUUUUAAUUUGGAGUUUGGAAGGUCUAUGGUUAAGAUGAGCAAUAUUGGUGUUAAAACUGGAACAAAUGGUGAGAUUCGCAGAACAUGCUCUGCCGUAAAUUGAAGAUUUGGUUGGCAUUUCAAACCUGGAAUGUUUUUACAAACGCAAGUCUUGCAUUUUCAAUUAUUAAUAUUAAUAUUAAUAUUAAAUGUCUAUUUGGAGUGAAAUUAAGCGUAAGCUGAUAGUAAGGUUGUAAUAAAUAUUUAAGAUGUAAUGUGUUGAAUAAGAGGGAGACAACAAAAUGGAUAUGGUUUCAACUCUCUUGUAUUAUAUGUUACUGUUAUUGCUCAAUCAUUUGAAAGCAAUGGCUAAAGUUGUCUUCA